AUAAAAUGACAAUGCCAUGACAUUUUUAUAGAAUUUUCAUUUGUUCUAGGCGUAAUAAGUUUGUACAACAAGUUGACUAAGGAAUGUCUCAAUCGACAGUAUUGUUAUAUUUAUAGAGUUUAAUUGAGUUUAUAUUGUUGAAAGUAAAAUGUAUUGUGUGAGCAGUCCUAUAAAAUAUGCCUACAUAUAUGUUCUACUGCGCCAGGAGUACUGCAUCUCAAAUCUCAUAAUUACAACAAUGCUUAUUGUAAUAUAGAGAAAUCCGUUUGUUGAACGAACUGCUAACUCUGCAUGCGUAUUAUAAAUAACUGUCAAACACCUCGAAGUCCGAUUUCAUAUUAGUUAAGCUAUCGCUAAAAACGUUACUCAAAGUUGUAAAUUCAGAUCAAAGUUGUAAAUUCAGAUCUGCCUUCUAGAAAGUAAAAGAAGAGUACAAAUCUGUAACUUUGAUAUGUCUUGCUCCAAAAUCAGUAGCUCAGGAGCAAUCGUUGCGUCUGCAUCUUCUGUGAGAUCCUUGGCUUGUGACAUGAACUGUUCCUCAUAUUUAUUUCUCCACGUCAGCUUUCACCGUCUCAUUGCAUUCCGCUUCCUCACGCAAAACAAAUCUCAACUCAAUUGAGUCAAGAUUACUAUUAAUAAUUAUUAUAGUAUAACAUAGAGCAAUUAUUACUACAUAAUUAACCAUAUAUAAAUAACCAUACAUAAUUAACCAUAACUAUAACAACUUUAAAUUUUUCAAACACAUUGCCAAAUUCGAAAAUCGUUCAAACCGACAGAGUUAUUUGUGUGCGCAUUUUGGAUUUAUGGGCCAAAUCACCAAAAACUGCAGUAAAAUCAAAAGACGAAUGUAUGCUGUCUAUACGUUAUCAUAUUUUCUCUUUUUAAAGCCACUAAUAAAUAAAUGGUAGUCUAUAACCUUCUGCUUUUAGAUUAAGGAAAAAUUAUAUUUAAAAUGGCAAGUUCCAAGUCCAGUUCUACCAUGAAAAUUCAAGGGCUUAAAACUUAUAUUCAGUCUGAUGUGGGAACAAAGCUUAAAAACAUUGUGAAAGCAAUCUCGCUAAAGCGACAACCUUCUGUCACUGAACUUGUGGAGAUUGCAGAACAAGGAAAUGUUGCUGAAUUCACACGCUUGGUCACAGAGGAUCCCUCCAAACUUGACAUUCGAGACGGUAGAGGAAGAGCUUCGGUGCAUCAGGCAACCAUUCGUAAUCACGUUAAGAUCUUGGAGGUUGUGGAAAGAUUCAACGGAAAUCUGGAUCUCACCGACAAUUCUGGAAAUAGUUGCAUUCACUUGGCCGUGGAAGCUGAUGCGUUGGACGCAUUGGAAUUUCUUCUAUCACAUGGAGCAGAUACCAAGAAGCUAAAUGCAAAUCAGCAAUCGUGUUUACACCUUGCUGCAGAAAUGAACAAAAUUGCAGCACUUGAAGUUAUGGCAAAAUUUAGAACGAUUCUGGACCCGAAUUUACCUGGAGAAAAUGGAAGGACAGCACUUUCGGCGGCAGCGAUCAACGACAAUGAAGAGUGCAUGAAAAUAUUGUUGUAUGAUAUCGGAGCCUGUCCCCGAAGACCUUGUAAACAUGGUUUUUUUCCGAUUCACGAAGCGGCCAAGCAUGCUUCGUCAAGAUCAAUGGAGAUUUUGCUCUCUUGGGGCGAAGCUCAAGGAAGUUGUUCUCGCGAGGAAAUGAUUUCAUUUUUCGAUGCUGAAGGAAAUGUCCCACUUCAUUCAGCGGUUCACGGUGGCGACUUAAAGGCUGUGGAACUGUGCCUGCGUUCAGGAGCAAAAAUUUCUACUCAACAACAUGAUCUGUCAACUCCAGUUCACUUGGCGUGUUCUCAGGGAUCCAUGGAAAUCAUCAAGCUAAUGUUUCAACUUCAACCGGAAGAGAAGGAGACUUGUUUGAAAUCCUGUGACGUGCAACGCAGGGCUCCUUUGCAUUACGCUAGCAUGUUUGAUCAUUACAACUUGGUCGAGUACCUCAUUGAACAAGGAGCUAUAGUGAACGCACUUGACAAAGAAAAACGCACCCCGUUACACUUGGCUGCAUCAAGGAACGGAUGGAGAACUGUCAAGAGUCUUAUUCGAUUUGGGGCAAAUAUCACCCUUAAGGACAAUGAAAUGCGAAAUGUGCUUCAUACUAUCGUCAUCAAUGGAGGAGACUUGGAUAAAAUUUUGGAUGAAGAGAUUUACGAAUCCAAAAAGCAUUCAUUACAUCCAGAAUCAAUAGUGGUUGGACAAUCGUCAGUGAUGAUGCACAUUUUGAUGAAAUUUCAGACUGAUUUCAUCGGCAUACUAGAAGAGAAAGACAAAAAUGGAUAUACGCCACUCCACUAUGCUUCGAAACUCGGUCAUAUUAAAACUGCGGCGAAGUUGUUGCAAUUGGGAUCAAGCAUCGUGACAAAGAAUAAUGACGGGGAAAAUGUGUUCCACAUUGCCUGCAGAUAUGGACGUCUCCAAAUUAUUCAACGAAUUUUGCGGUUGGAAGGACAUAAUUCGGUGAUUAAUGCUUCAAAUUCAGCCGGGCAAACCCCUUUGCACAUUUCGUCUUUUUCAGGGCACGUUAGAGUGGUACAAGCUCUAAUCAAGAAGGGAGCACUCUUACAUCGUGACCAUUCACAUUCAACGAUUCUGCACGGUGCAUGUGCCAAGGGCCACCGAGAAACUAUUAAACUAAUCCUUAAUGUCCACUCCCAGCUUCUCGAUCAGACGGAUAAAGACGGGAACACACCGCUUCACGUGGCAUCCAUGGAAUGCCAGCCAACGGCAGUUGAGCUUCUAUUAACGAUGAACUGCGCUCUGACAUACAAUUUCAACGGCUUUAGCGCUAUCGACUUUGCGCUCCAAAACAAAUUUACAUCCGUUGCUCUUGUAAUGGUAACGCACAGAACAAGGGGGGAUGAAGUGCUCUCUAUGACUGCGGGAAAGCACUCGUCCAUAAUGUUGGCAUUGAUAGGAACGAUGCCCCAGGUAGUCACUGCUCUUCUGGAUCGGUACAUUACCAAAUCAGAUGCCAAGUCCGACUCGGAGCAGUACCAUAUCAAAUACGAUUUCAAAUGGUUAUCGCUGCCAACACCCGAGAACGCUUUCGAGCAACCGAAACACAAAUUCUGGAAUCACGAGACCAAAUAUUUGCCCAUUCUUAAUGGAAUGGUUUCUUACGGGAGGGUGGAGCUCCUUUCGCACGAUCUAUCCCAAAAAUAUCUACACAUGAAGUGGAAUGGAUACGGGCGAUUUGUUCAUGUCACUCAACUUGUUCUAUAUCUCAUCUUUCUGGUUGUUUUGACCUCGUACGCUUCUCAUAAUUCGAAAUCAAAGAGCGAGGACAGCAGCAUGUCCAUCUUGUCAAGCUCAUUGAAAACCAGAGCUGGAAAUUUACGUAAUGAUUCUUCCAAUUUAACCAAGGAUGAUGCAUGGGAAACAACUUUGAUGGGAACAGCUCACACGUAUUCCAUUUGGGAGGCGGUGAAAGCCGUUUUGAUUUUCUCCAUAGCGUUGAUCUGCCUACUUAGAGAAGGGAUCAACAUUUGGAGACAAAAGUGGAAUUAUAUUCUCAACUCGUCAAACUGGGUAUUUUGGGUCAUGAAUGUUGCUUGCUUGGUCAUGACCGUGUCUAAGUUGACCGAAACAGAGGACUUUAUUAACCCCAGUGCAUCAUUGGCAACGUUUCUUAGCUGGUUUUAUCUCCUAUUAUUUCUCCAAAGAUUCGACGGAGUAGGAAUUUACAUAGUAAUGUUCUCAGAAAUACUUCAUACACUUCUCAGAGUCCUUAUGAUUUUCUCAAUUCUGAUCGUUGCGUUCGGUUUGGCAUUUUAUAUCUUACUCUCAGAGGCAAAUCACAAAGCCUUCAGUGAAAUUCCGAUUUCCUUAAUGAGGACAUUCUCGAUGAUGUUGGGAGAUAUGGAUUUCCUCAAUACUUUUGUUUAUCCUCGAUAUUGUGAGGACGUUGGAACAAGCUAUUCUACUAAUGGUUCUGCUGUCAAAGGAUUUUCUGAUGAAAACUCGUCCCCCCGUGAAUGCGGAAAAAAUGAUAGAACGCUUCCCCACCCAGUCUCGUCGUUUCUAAUCCUUGCAAUGUUUAUAAUUUUGAUGCCAAUUUUGCUGAUGAACUUACUUAUCGGCCUUGCUGUGGGUGAUAUUGAGUCUGUUCGCAGAAAUGCGCAACUUAAAAGGCUGGCAAUGCAGGUUUAUCUUCACACAUCAUUGGAGAAAACGCUGCCCGACUUCAUCCUCAGGGACAAAAAAGAAGUUAUCGAAUACCCAAAUGCACGGAAGGCUCGACUUGGAUUGAUUGAUCACUUUUUCAAGUAUUUCCAACCGAAAUCUGCUCAUAAAGAAGAUACGGAAGAAGCUGACGAGGAGCUUUCAGACGAUUUAAUGUCGGCAGUCACUCAGAGUAACCAAGCCAUCGCUGAUAUAUCUGGUCGGUUGGAGAAUCUGGAAACGUUAUUACGCCUAGUGUGCCAUAAAAUGGAGUUGUCCACCGACACGGAUUUUAUUGAUGAAGGGACAAUCGUCGAUGAUUCGAGUCCAAUGUCGGACGUGAGGACGAGAUUCAAACGAGGUGUUACCUUGCGACUCACCAAACCUCGACCUCCACCACCACAACGAAGUGACUCGGCUGCUAUAUAGAUUUUUUCCCGAAAAAUUUGCAUACCGGCAUUAUGACGUCAAUUUUUGGCAUCCAAAUAUUAUCUAUGUCAGCCCCCGUUUAGUAAUUAAUGAGUUAACUUUAUGAUCAACAAAAUUGUGGGUGUAUUAAAAUAUGUACGUAAUCCUUAAACUUAUGAUACACACAUUUGAAACGAUGCACCAUGGGUAGUCUCACUUCUAGUGCAAGCAAAUAAAUAUGCAUUAUUAGUUUUAAAUAGAA